GUCCCUCUCUAGGUUGUUGAGCGUAGAUUUCGAAGUCUUUGGAAGAGUGCAAGGCAGGAAUUUAGAUCGCCGUUAAUCGCAGGAGUGUAUUUCCGCAAAUUCACACAGAGUGAGGCUACUCGGCUGAAAUUGGUCGGAUGGUGCAUGAAUACGCCGCAGGGAACGGUAACCGGAGUAAUGCAGGGGGCCAAAGAGAACAUCGAUUCGAUGAAAACGUGGUUGAUGCAGACCGGAUCACCAAUGUCAAAGAUUGAUCACGCCGAGUUUAAGAAUGAGAGAGAACUUGAUGUCGCUGAAUUCCCCGAUUUUGCCAUUCGUAGAUGCAUUUGUUUGUUUCGAAACAAUCGAGAGAGACAAUUAUUUUGCAGUUCGAAAGCAGAGUUUAGUCAUGCAGUUCGAUCAUUACAUCCUGAGCGGCUUUGCAAGCCGACUGCAGGCUGCAGACGUUCGCUCCUUUGA